AUGUCAGCCAAACACUACUUCCCCGAAACCGCAGUCAAUACUCUCGUCCCUCGGGCCCUCAAAGCCCUCUGUGCCACGAACCCCUCGCUCUCCCUCAUCGAAGACCAACGGGUCGUCCUCAACAAUGCCCACAACCAUUCCCAAGUCUCUCUCAUCUCCGGCGGUGGUUCAGGUCACGAGCCAGCCUGGUCUGGUUACGUUGGAGAUGGCCUCCUUUCCGCUGUUGCAUGUGGCGAUAUCUUUGCUAGUCCAAGCAUGAAGCAGGUCCUUGCGGCCAUCGCCGCUGUGCCCAGUGAGAAGGGCACGAUUCUGUUAAUCACGAAUUACACAGGGGAUAAGUUGCAUUUUGGUCUUGCAGCUGAGAGAGCGUUGGCUGGCGGGUUUGCGGGCAAGUGUGUUGUGCUGCCGGCGACGGAUGAUGUGAGUAUCGGGAGAAGCAGAUGUGAGAAGGUAGGGCGAAGAGGGCUGGCAGGGAAUGUCAUCACCAUGAAGAUCCUAGGUGCAGCAGCAGCGAGAGACUAUAGUUUUGAGAGAUGUGUGGAGAUUGGGAAGGCUGUGAAUAAGCAGUUGGUUUCCAUUGGAUCUGCAUUGGAUCACUGCCAUGUUCCAGGGAGACAGAAUCAUGAGAAUAUUGGGGAUGACGUGUGUGUAAUUGGUGCUGGUAUUCAUAAUGAGCCUGGCGCUCAAAAAAUAUCGCCGUUUCCAUCAGUCGAAGAUCUCAUAUCACAGCUUCUGACACUUAUCUGUGAUCAAAAUGAUCCCGAGAGAGCAUUUGUUAAGUUCAAUAAGAACGACGAUACAGCUCUUUUGAUAAACAAUUACGGUGGUCUUUCAAAUCUCGAGCUCGGGGCACUGACUCAAGAGACUUUAGCCCAACUAGAAACGAAAUGGGACAUCAGACCAACAAAGAUAUACUCUGACGUGUUUGAAACAUCGCUGAACGGGCCAGGAUUCUCUAUCACAUUAUGCAAUCUAACAACCGUAGCGAAAGAAAGCAAGACAUCUGUCUCGGAACUGCUUGAACUGCUUGGGGCCGAAACGAAGGCACCAGCCUGGCCAAAUGUACUAUCAAACACCUCGACGAAAGUGGCUCAAAAAGAGACGCCAGUUGUGGAUAUAGAAAAGCAGACCGAUAUCUCAGCAAGUGAGGAUAUCAAAGUUGAUCCGAAGCUUUUGGACGCAACAAUACGAUUAGCUUGUGAGCGGGCCAUCGCAGCGGAGCCAGAUCUGACAAAAUGGGACAUGGUGAUGGGAGAUGGAGACUGUGGUGAAGCUGUCAAGGGUGUCAGUGAAGCAAUUCUCAAAAUCCUAGAUAACGGAACAGCAAAAUCUGGAUCUGUCUUCACAGUAUUACAUGCAAUCAUCAAUGCAGUGGAUGAUAUGGGAGGCACUCUCGGAGCCAUCUUCGGAAUCCUCCUCGCUGCCUUCGCCACCUCACUUCGGACCCACAUAUCGAAAGCCACUUCUGACACAGAACUCAUGAACAUCUCCGCUCCAUCGCUCACGCAAGCAGUUGAGUCCUUGAAACAGCACACUGGUGCGAGAGUCGGUGACAGGACGGUGAUGGAUGUAUUACUACCAUUUACGGAAACGUUGGAGAAGGAGAGGGAUUUAGGGAAGGCUGUGAAGAGUGCAGAGACGGCAGCGGAGGGGACGCGGGAUCUGAAGCCGAAAUUUGGGAGAGCGAGCUAUGUUGGUGCUGGUGGAGACGAGCAGAGAUUGCCUGAUCCUGGGGCUUGGGCGUUGAUGGAGAUGGUGAAGGGCAUUUGUGAUGCCAGCAAUUAA